AAAUCCAGCGUGAAAUUGCUGCAAAGCAGAGAUGAUUAUACAGAGAGUAGUGCUGAAUUCACGACCUGUGCCAGUGGUUCCAACUGUCAGUCUGAUUGAUCUGCUGCAUGUGGUACCAAGCUGAGGAUGAAGGCUCUGGUUCUGGGGCUCUUGGUGCAGUUUUACAGGUGUUUUUGGAAAGCUUUAAUUUAAAGAGGUCUAUCUGUAUAUGCGAAGGGAUGGCUCUUGAAGCAUAUGCAUGUGCAGUGGCUGUGAUCUGUAUUCCCUCAGUUCUACUUGAUUCAAAAGAGGCAGAAAGGGAAGAAUGGAGUGCCAGUGGCUGAAAACUUCCGACUGGAACAAAGUACAAUAGCGGAUACAAUCCAAGCAGGACAAGUGCGUGUUAAAACCCUCUAUCUCUCUGUGGACCCUUACAUGCGCUGCCGAAUGAAUGAGGACACUGGCUCCGAUUACCUGCAGCCCUGGCAGCUCUCUGAAGUUGCUGAUGGUGGUGGUGUUGGGGUCGUGGAGGAGAGCAAGCAUGAUAACCUUGCUGAAGGAGACUUUGUAACUUCCUUCACCUGGCCCUGGCAGACAGUGGCAAUUCUAGAUGGCAGCUUGCUACAGAAGCUUGUUCCACAGCUUGUGAAUGGACGCCUUUCCUACUUCCUCGGCGCAGCUGGCAUCACGGGACUGACGGCCCUGCUGGGUGUCAGGGAGAAGGGACACGUGGCUGUGGGUGCGAAUCAGACAAUGGUGGUGAGCGGAGCAGCCGGUGCCUGCGGCUCUUUGGCCGGCCAGAUUGGCCGUCUGGAGGGCUGCUCUAGAGUGGUGGGGAUCGCUGGCACAGAUGAGAAGUGCUCCAUUUUGGUCCAAGAAAUGGGGUUUGAUGCUGCUAUCAAUUACAAGAAGGGAAAUGUGGCAGAACAGCUACGUGAACUCUGCCCAGGCGGUGUGGAUGUUUACUUUGACAAUGUUGGUGGAGACAUCAGUGAUACGGUUAUAAGUCAGAUGAAUCAGAACAGCCAUAUCAUCCUGUGUGGACAGAUUUCUCAGUAUAACAAAGAUGUGCCUUAUCCUCCUCCGCUGCCUCCUGACAUAGAAAAAAUACAGAAAGAAAGGAACAUCACAAGGGAAAGAUUCUUAGUGUUGAACUACAUGGACAAACACGAAGCUAGUAUAUUACAACUCUGCCAGUGGAUCCAAGAAGGUAAACUGAAGGUCAGAGAGACCAUGGUAGAAGGCUUAGCAAACAUCGGUGCUGCUUUCCAGUCCAUGAUGAGCGGAGGCAAUAUUGGAAAACAGAUCGUCUCAGUUUCUAAGUAAAAGUCAUUGGUUUAAGAAAAAUAAUUGCACUCUGUCUCUAAUAGUGAGGAAGCUUUUACUUAUACUAAUUUCCAUUUUUUAAAUAAACAAUCAAGUUGUUCCGUAUGGAUUGAAAGCAGAGAUUUUGGGAUGCUAAUAAACUAAAUAGCACUGCAAA